AUGGUACAAUUUAUCAACGGACAAAGAUCUCCUCCAGUUUCUGUUAUACUAGCAGCGAAUGAUCAUCUUUUUGUUUCUUUGAAAUCAAAUUCAAAUUCUCCCAUACAAUAUCAGUUUUCUGCCAAUCGAAAAAAGGUGUUCUACAUUUCUAGAAGUUUGUUGAAUGCGUCAACUGUUGCUAUUGGUAAAGCACAAAAUCACUCUCAACUUUAUUUUGUUACCAUGCAGAAAAACGGAUCCGUGCUGUAUAUGUCAAAAGUUACUGUUACUGAUAAUGAAUAUGUUGAAAUGGAUACGGUUACGUCUGGAAAUCUAUCAAAAGCUAAUCCUAUUAAUCGUCUUGUAUUAUCGGUUGAACCACGUGGUCAAUAUGCAAUUGCUAUGACGGAUUCUUUUAUUUUUAUUCGUAAUUUAUUCACACGGAUACAUUGGAUCGAUGAGAUUGUUUGGCCAAAUUCAACACGUUUUACACCGGUAUGUGCUGAUAUGAGCGCUCGUUUUGUCUAUAUGGCUGGUUAUGAAAAAUCUGCGGGUUCAUGCACUGUAACAGUUUAUUUAAUGUCAGUUGAUUUCAGUGGAUGUCGAAUUCAAUUCCAUGAUCGAUGGCAAUCAGAACUAGCGUGUAGCUAUGACCAUCUUGACCUAUCGCUUAGCGUAAGUGAACAAGCAGAUGAGAAGAUUCUGCUUGGAAUUCCAACUAUAAACUCGGUUUAUCUAUUUACUAUCGAUGAAACGCCUACGAAGUCAUUCCGGUUGCAACAUCUAGGCACUAAACGGCAAGAUAUUAUGAUGAGAGACAAUUACGGAACGAGUGUCGUUUGGUUAAAUAACGGACAAAGGGCUGCCGUGUUAGAUACGGCUGAUCUACCACGAGAUUCAGUAAUAACUGCAAGAUCAAAUGUUUAUAUUUAUGAUUCGAACAACAUGACAUUGUUUAUAACUAAUGCAACAGCCACGAUGACUUUUCCUAACUUUUUUCAGAAAUACACCAAUCAAUUCAAACCAACUGCUACGUUCAUGGUUGCCACACAAACGACUCCUUCUACAUUGUAUCUAAUCAAUCAACUUUAUCAUAUCUUAGUUCUGUUACCAUCUGAUCCUGGAUACUAUUCAGUAGAAUCUUUCUUUUAUGAUGAUAUUUAUACGAAUCAUGUCGAUGGACUCUACUUUCUCUAUCCAAAUCGUGUUACCUGUCCAGUUGGAACCUAUAAAAAUGAUGCUGGAAUAUGGCCGUGCAGUGUUUGCAAAGCAGAUAAUACCAGUCUCAUUCCUACCUGUCUGCAAUGUCAAAAUAGAUCAAAUUGUCCACUGGAGUUUGCCAUGACAGAAGAACUAAUGAGCGAUGUUACACAAUCAAUUGGUUAUCCUGAAACAGCGGAAAUCGAUGUGUUCGAUGAUAUCUUAUUCUAUAAUAUGUUUCGCACAGAUUGUGGUUGGAAAUCUCCGAUAAUUAUGACUGCAAUAGUUCUUUCGAUUGUAGUGCUUCUUUCAAUGUUGAUAUGUUCAAUGAACCUUUCGAAACGAUUUAGAAUUAAACAGCAAUUUGCAAAGAAUUUGUUCAAACAUUUCGAUUUAAUCGAACAAGGCAAAUUCUGGUUCGGUGGUCUCAUUUCCAUCAGUGCUUUAUUCUUUAUUGGAUUUCUCGUACAAUUUAGUGUCACUUUUCAUACUCAGUAUUCAAUGGAAACAAAACAUUCAACGUGUCAAACCAAAGAUCUGCUCAAUGCCAAAUUCGAAACUAGCCUCCGCUUUUUAAACUCGCCAGCCGGUGAUCAUGAAACAGUCUUCAAUUUACUCAAUUCACAAGUAUUCACUUUGAAUAUUCAAUUCAUCAACACCUCGUUACAUUGCGGACGAAUUAUGUUUGCUAUUCGCAACGAAACUGACAGUAACAAGUCUUUGUUUUCCUGUUAUCCAACUGACACAUCGCUUGUCGUUUCGAUUAAAUUACCAUUUCAUGUCUCCAGCGUAAAAAUGACUCUUCAAGGAAACAAUACAAUUCAAGCUGUUCGAGUAGGUUUAUCAGCUGAAUACUCUCGUAUAGGUGAUAGCUGGACGCAAGCAUUGAAUUUUUCGAAAAUGUUUCAUGAUAGAUCAAAAAUGAUGUCCCAAAAUAUGAAUAUUCAUCUGGAAUUGACGAAAGUAAUUAACGUAACUGAAGGUUUGACAAAGAAUGAUCAGACGACUUAUAGUGGACUUUGGUUUCCUACGUUUACAUUUGAUCCCGAUCAAUUAUUUAAAAAUACCACACUACUAAACGAUCAUCCGCAAACGAUAUUAGAUGUUGGAACUAGUGAAACACCUUUCUUUGUACGAAACAAACAGCAACCGAUCGCGCGACAAGCUGAAAUUAUUUUCAAGACGAUUUUAUUUGCUGGGAUCUGUAUUGAUUUAUUAGCUAUGCUAUUUCUUCUACUUGGAUUAUGGAUAAUUCCUGUUAUAAAAUUAUUUUUCCAUAAGCUUCUACAGCCAAACAAUUGGAUACAUCGCUUGCUCAUCGGAACGCAAAGCGAUUCAUUGGAAAUUGUAGAACUUCGCAAGAAAAUUCUCGAUUUGGAAGCCAAAAUGAACAAAAUAUCUGUCUUUGAGAACUAUCACCAGCUGUAUGCUGUUCAUGAUGAACGGGAAGGUUAUGUAUCACAAAAUACUUUUUAG